AUGCUACAGGUCACAAAUUGUGAGAUCUGAGCCCAAAAACCGGGGCCACUGAGUUGAAGAAUAUCGGCUACCCAUUCCACCAGUGGCAAUACAGCACUCCUUUCCUUCAGGCCCAAGUUAACCCCCGCGAUUGGGCGGCGUUCCGAGAUUUCCAUUCAGAAUAUCAAACUACAAUGACGAGCAACAAUCCACCAUUUCGAAUUGCCCCGGCGCAUAGCACAGAACAUUUCGAAGCAGCCAAAGCACUUUUCACAUCGUAUGCCGAAUGGCUAGAUCUUGAUCUUACCUUCCAAGGAUUCGCCUCCGAGCUACAGUCCCUUCCUGGGAAAUAUGCGGCACCCCAUGGGGAAUUAUUACUAGCUUAUAGUGCCGACGAGGGUAUCCCGAUCGGAUGCGUGGCUGUCCGGCCUCUCAAGCAGAGGUCGGUAGAAAUGCAAGGAGAUGUUCAAAGCCAUAGAGGAUACUGUGAGAUGAAGAGGCUGUAUGUCUCUCCCGAAGCACGGGGGACAGGACUGGGGAAAGCUUUGGUGAAUUCCAUCGUGAAGAGGGCGAAGGAUCUCGGCUAUAAGAUGAUGAUGCUCGACACCCUUCCCUCAAUGAUAGGGGCCAUACAGUUAUAUAAGAGGGUGGGGUUCGUGGAAAUAGCUCCUUAUUAUGAGACUCCCUUGGAGGGGACGCUCUUUCUCGGGUUGGAUCUUACACAGAAUAUAUAGACAAAACCCAGAAUAUCAGUCUGAAAUGCUUGUCUGAAG